UGCACGCAUUUCACACAAACAACGACGAGUUGAUCAAUAUCUAACCUGUGUGGAUUAAUGUCUGCUCUCUAUUUUGGCGACGGACCGGAACACAAAGCCUAAUGGAGUAACUAAUUGUGCCUUAACUGGUGUGUGUUUUGGAAGGUUUAUGAGUGAGGGAAAGUUUGCAUGAUUUCUGAAGAAGGCAGCUUUACACCUGCUCAUCUUUUACACAAUGUGAGACUCUUUGAAGCAAGAAUGGAGCUAGACGUGUCUCGAUUUACUAUGACUGAAAAGUUCUGAAAAAGUUGCGAUGUUAAGUCACCUCACAGGAAGAUCUGCAUGCUGGCCUCAAAUUGAUUGCUAAAAAUGGCUGUUGAAGGAUUAAUGGCUCCCAUUCCCAGACUUCAAGAUUGUUCAUUUCAUCGGAACAUCUGUAAAAGCUGCAGCCAGUGGUAGCCAUUGCUUCUCCACUAGGACUAGUUCGUACCUUGUUUGGCUCCAGGGAACAUAUGGAGCAGGUAGACGAAGAAGACAUCUGGGAUGGGGGCGAGGAUCCCCACGUUGCCGCUUACCGUAAUUUCAUCGUCGAUAUCGAGCGGGAGAUAGAGGAGCAGUCCGGAGAGUCGUCAAAUGAUCAGGACAAAGGAGGCCUCUUGGCACCGCGUGUCAGCAAGAAACCUGAUAUCAAUCCACGCUUAGGCACCCCACCUCUUGAGAGGACACCAGAGUUGCAUCCAAGGUUUGGUACCCCACCCCCUCCUAAUGGGGUCCUCAAGAGUAAUGGAGUUCAAGGAGGGGACCGGAUCGUUUCCCCCGUUCCCAACAGCAAUAGGGUGAGUUCGCCCGUGAAUAGAGUGAGUUCGCCCGUAAAUAGAGUGAGUUCGCCAGUGGAUAGGAUUGGCUCACCCGUGAAUAACAACACAAGGAAAACUUCCCCAACGAGGAGCGUUCAUACACCUCUUGGGAGUCAAGAUGGUUCGCUCACACCCGUCUCUCCGAGAAGUUACUCCCCAAUGAGGACUCCAUCCCCUGUAGGGGACGACACUACCCUCUUGUUUGCCAAGGCACCGAGAAGUCGGAAAUGUCCCGUCGUCGUAGAACCUGUUUUAUGUGACUCGAUGGGUAAUGGCAAGGUGCUAAUGGACGAUGUCGACUCAGUGAAGAAAGCAAAACUUGUGGAUGUAGAAAGUGAGCUUCCAAGGAGUAGAGUAAGGUCAUUCAAACAGCGUUCAGCUCAGGAGAAUUUUUGUUUGUACGGACUUCUCACACCAGCCCUGUGUCUCGUUCCAGGAGUUGAUGGGCAUGAUGCCUUAACGCAGACAUUCACUGAUCUUUGCGGGGAGCAUCGCGAGCUGAAGUUGGCCGCUGCUCACAUCGAUGAUGCCAUUAAUGGCAGGGGCAAGUGGGGCAAGGCGAGGGCCUUCUUCACAUCCAAGAAAGGACAACUGUGUUUUAAGGUGCUUGAUAAUAGUUGGUUUACAUACGUGGUGCUUCUAGCUGCAUUGUUGCAUAUGAUCAUGACAUUCCUAGAGCCUCCACCUGUUGGCCAAAUGAAUUACGUUGUCUUCGCCCUAACCAUCAUUUCUCUGUUGGUGUAUGCAAUCGACGUGUCUGUACAUAUAGGCUUCCUAUCAUGGCGUGUCUUCUGGUCCCUGGAUGAGAAUAAAUGGAUCAGGAUGGAGUUCAUAUUUUUGUGCAUGUUCACUAUAGAUUUUGUAAUGCUGGUCAUUCAAGAAAUAGUGCAAAUUCGUCUUAUACAACCAUUUCGAUGUUUGCGGGCAUUCAUCAUUAUAUGCAAAUUGAAGAACGUCGGUCACAUCUUCGAUACCGUCCUGUCUAUCGUCAUUAAACUCAUCAAAACAUUUUUCAUCAUCUUAGUAUUUAUUGUCAUGUUUUCGGCCAUGGGUGUUCAUCUCUUCUCCGACUCCUACCAUUUCAUCGGCUGUAACAGCUCGGCGCCCACCAACUGUGUUGAUAAUGAGCCGUUUAGCGUAUACACAGGUGCUUUUGAUAAUGUUGGCAUCACAGCGCUGAGACUGUUUGUGUUGCUGUCGACUGAGAACUACCCGGAAUUCAUGGUCCCAGCUUUCCAGCAGAAUGGUGUGAGUUUCCUCUACUUUGGAAUCUUCAUCUUUGUGGGUGUGUUUUUCCUGACGGCCAUUCUGCUUGCUAUCAUCGUUGAUAGUUACUGGGAGUUCGCCAAGAAACACGUUAAGCAAGAACGAGCGAGAGAGCGUGCCGAGCUGGCCAAAGCAUGGAACUUAAUGGACCCACUCGGCAAGGGAAGCUUACCCAUCUACGAUGAGAAGUUCAUAAAACUCUUCAAGAUCCUUAAGCCAAUGAACACAGAUGAGAUGAAUAUGCAGCUCAUCUCGUACCUAGACAGCAACCAAGAUGAAGUGGUUGAUUCCUUGGAGUGGACCAUCAGACUCAACGAGGCGCUCAGCUUUGAGUUUGAGAUGGAUGAAAUACAAGAUGUGAGUUCCAGUUCCAAGUGGUGUAUCAACAUGAAGCACAUGGCCCAGAGGCUGGUAUUCUCCGACAUGUUUUCAAGAUUUGUGAUGGUUCUCAUUGUAACUUAUUGCAUUCUAUUCUGUCUGGAAUGGCGAGGAAUUUCACAUACCGCCAGGCUUAUCAUCGGGAUUGGAAAAUCAAUCAUCAUUGGAAUCUUUGUGGUGGAAGCAUGCCUACGUGUGUUCAGUGACUGGCGUAUACUGAAGGAAGCCAUUGAGGUGUUCGACAUUAUCCUGAUCGUGAUCGCGUUGAUUGCCAAUAUUCUCUGGUAUGCGUCCGACUCCUACCAGCAGCUGUUUGAUGUGAUUGGAGGCUUAGUGGUGACGCUUAGAAUAGGGUUGAACUCUGCACAGACCAAAAAGGCAGUCCUGCUAUUUCUCACCAAGAUCUUUCCUGUCAUGUUUGAUCUGAUCAUCCUUGUGUCUGCAAUCAUGUUCCUGUACGCGAUCAUUGGCUUUGAGAUUUUUUAUGAUCAGGAGCCAAAUGAAAGCUACAGCUCUGGUCAUUAUGAAUACCAAUGCAAACUUGGCUUUAAAAAUGUCUGGUGUUCGCUGCUGAUGGUCUUCCAAAUUAUUACCACUAGUAAUUGGCAUGAGAUUAUGAACUCGGCUAUGGUUUCUACCUCGGAUUGGGCCUGCCUGUAUUUCAUACUUGGGUUCAUAUUCAUCAAUCUGAUUGUUAUGAACCUGUUUGUUGCUAUUGCUAUUGAGGCCUUCAAUAAGCUGGGAACUGAGAAGGAGCUUGCAGAAGAACAGGAUCCAGAUCAAGAACCAAAGAAAGAGGAGGAUCCAAACUUUAAGGAAUCUGCCAAAGCCUUUCUCAACAACAUCUUUGAAAGCACAAGGGUGGAGCAGGGUAAAGACAGGACUGAACGCAGUGCUAGACCUCCUGGAGGUAGUCCACGCAUGAGGAGACCAAGUAGGGUGAGUGUGGUUGGUGGAUUCGGCCCUCUACCAUCUCAAGCCCACAGUCAAACAAGUCUCCGCACUCCGGAACCACAAGAGGAUGAAGAGAAUGAUGAGGAGGACUAUUCGGGACUGACUCCUCAAGAACGAAAACGGAAGCAACUUAAGAAGAAGAUGAUGAAUAAGAAGAAGAAGAAACCGCCCAAGACCAAGAUUGUUGUGGUGACGGCUUACAGAGGCACCAAGGACCAGGAGUUAGAUCUUAACGUCGGUGAUGAAGUCACUGUUCUGAAGAAGCAAGAUGAUUGGUGGGAAGGUCAGAUCAAAGACAACGUUGGUUGGUUCCCAGCAUCCCAUGUCGAGGAAGUCAAACGCAGUGCAGCUGUACACUUUCAGGAGCCGGGGGCAGACGGUCCUAUGCCGGAUAGUCCAAAGCCAGCGUGGAAUACAGGCACCUUGGGGAGUCUUGAUGGAGGUCUCGACGCAACGUUGCCGAAUGCACCAUUGAACAACAGUAUGAAGCCCGUUGGUCUUGGGCAGCUGGCAUCAGUUGUGACUGCUGCCAAACACAAGCCACGGCUGAAGGUCCGCAAUACGGGAAGCUGGCGGAAGGAGAUCCUGGGUGAUAUCACCGUCAUGAACCCAGAAGAGCUGAAAGAACUCAACAAGAUUCUGAAAGGACAGUCUGGAAGAGGAUCUCUGACCAACUCCCUGACGCUUGGUGGAUCAUUACCAUUACGGAAAGCACCUACCCUCAUGGCUGAUAACAUCAUAGAAGAGGAGCCUGAUAUAGAAGUCCCUCUGCCGAGACCAAUCCUUCAUACCAAGCCAUCAGAGCUUAAAGCAUCUAGACCUAAAGCAUCUGGACCUAAAGCAUCUGAGCGUAAACUCGUCCCACCACGUGUUGUACCUCCCAAGAUAAGUUUAGAGAGAGCUGACACCUUACCAGAGUUACCAGAGAUACAAGAGGAAGAAGAUGAAACGUCAUCCAAUAAAGUCACCCUGACUGUAGAGAAACCGGACGCUCCGCCGAAUGUCAAGAAAAAGAAGACUAAGGAGAAGACCAAGAAUGGCGAGAUGCCAUCCUGGAUGUUGAAGUUUGCUCAGGACAAUAAACUCAACGUCUUGUCCGAUGUCAAAUUUGACGAACCCCCAAAGGAAGCAUCCCACUCUGGAUCAGACGAAGAAUCGCAAAGCAUACCAGGGAAGGUCCAACAAGAGCAAGACAGCAAAGUGUAAGCUCUGUGCAACAUCUGACAGCGGUGUCAUAACGACUGAUAAUUUGACUGGACCAGAACUGCGUACACUGAGUGAGUUGCAACAUGGAGGUACCAGUUUUCUAUGGUCAUGCCAUUUUCGGUUCAAAUGCAGCACAACCCAAUGGGCAGACUAGUCUGACACCCUGCAUUCACCCAGCAUACGGCUAUGGACUAGAUCACGGAGCGUCCCUGAUGACGACAGGCCGGUUUGAAUCUUGUAAUUAGCAGCGGUUACUGCAACAAUAUGAUAGAUAAACUGCAUCAGGGAUAAAGAAGAACUUAUUUUAGCUUGUACCAUACACUAAUGUGUGAUAAGCACUGUAUGACAUGGUCAGUACUUUCCCCCGAGUCCUGUUGGAAUUAAUGCAAUGGGUGGAAUUAUUGCACCACCAAUAUUUAAUAUUUUGAUAUUUUGAUAUUUGAUGCAUUACAGAGCAGAUACGUUAACCACUAGACCACCGAACAAUUAGACAUGUAAUACAUUGAUUAAUGUACAGAAACAUUCCAGUUGCAAUAUUGUAUUUCUGUUGUAUUCACCUCAGAACAUUAUCAUGUGCCUCGUUAAAUCGCCAGGGGUUGAAUUAUCCGUCCUGCCGUAAUUGGCGUAAUAGUUUAUCAUGUAAAUUCCGUCCAACUGUGACAGGAGGAAACAAAGCUGGUUAUGCAAUAAUUAAACUGGUUACUAAAUUUUUCUUUGACCAAUUUAUUAUAGAGAUGAUGCCAGAAACAGGUUCCCCCAUGCAUGGUUUUUGAAAUUAUGAAGAACAAUUUGACUUUUGAAAGAAUGAGCAUUGAAACCAUCAUGGAAAUUUGCAUCUCUAAAAAAAAUCUCCUUUUGAGUGAUGUUUGGAGAUUCAAAUAACUUGACAUACUUUGAUUGAUUUCUAAUCAGUGGGCGUUUCAGACGAAAUAAUUGUACAGGAUGAUUCUUACCAGUACCAUCUUUAUAACAAACUUGUUCUCCGAUAGAAAUUUCACAAUUUGUUUCCCUGGUGGGUCGCUACUGGAAGUACGAUCCUACUAUAUAUGACCACUUGGCCAUGCCACGCUUUAUUAAAAAGCACUCACUGUUGAGUUUUCAUGUUUGAUGGAGUUAAGCUGGCCCUCUAAAAAGUAUAUUUUACAAAUGGUGUCAACUCCACCAGACGUUUCGAAAGCUUUUGUACUAUUUUAUGUUACAAAUGUACAUAUUGAGGACUUUAAAUAAAUAAUGUAUACAGUUAUUUAUGUAUAACAUAAAAUGUUUUUGAGGUAUUCUGUGUUGUAUAUUUUGGAGAGAUAAUGUUUGUACAGAUUGGCGCAAUUAAUUAAUUCAACAAUGAAUCAAAUACAUCAAUGGUCACUUGUAUUCAAUUGAAGUAGUUUUUUUUACAAUUCCUUUUGGAGUGUUAUAUAUACAAACAACACUAAAUGAUUUAAUCAGACUUUUGAUGAAUAUUUUGUACUCUAAAUGGGUUUUGUAAAUAGAACACAUUGGAAAUGACGACUUUCCGUCCAAUUUGGUUUCAACAGAACUCAAUGGAAGGUUUAAUUUAUUGUUCAUACUUUAAAUUGUUUUUAAAGUGUGCUUAAUUGAACAAAAUAAUUUGAUUAUAAUGAGAUUAGACUCUUGCAAUGAAGGAUUGAUACUGGUUUUAGGUUGUAUAACCUAUAAUUGCCACCCCCCCCCCCCCCCUUCUGAACCAAGGCAGUGACAACUAACAUUAGUGCUAGAUACCUCAGUUGGUGGAACGCCAUUUUCAUCCAGAAGUCACAGAUAUUCAAAUCCCAGUCUUUUCAAAUGUUCAUACUUGUCAUGGGAUUUACAAAAAUUUAGUAGGCCGGUCAUGGUCGCCAUGAAGGAAAUAAAAUACAAUUCAUAUCAUUUAUAAAGUGGUGUGUGAUACUCAGUUUAAUUACUUAAAAUUGUUUUAAAACUUUGCAUGAUGUACUUGUAUUGAGUUGAAACUUGAACAACUUUGCAAACUUAGAAAAUUAUAAUUAUUGUGUAACACGCUUAUUUAUUUUGUAUUGUUUAAUAUCAGUUUCUUUUUUGGGAUUCAGGUUGGCUUAGUGGUUUCUUACCGGUUGUAAGAGCCUUGCAUGUGGAUUGGGUUUGGGGGGGGGGGGGUGGUUACCUCCCAUAUCUAAAACCAAAAAUGUUUUCAUCAUCUUUUCUACACAGGUAUCCUUGGGCCUACAUUUUACAGUGCUAGUCACUUUAGAGGGUCCUUGGUAAUACAUUUUUUUUUGUAAUUAAUCUUUUGCUUAAUAAGCAGGUCCAUUAUGGUGUGUCCAAAUGGAAAGAAUCUGUAUUCCCAAGAGAUGAUUCACUAUUGUGUCCUUUUUGCAGGAAUUUCUUGGCUGUUUAUACUAUCUUAUGUAUUUAAUUGAAAUCGAUGCUAGAAAUAAUUUGGAGCAAUAUUUUUCUACCUUGCAGUAAAGCUUUACUUUAUAAAUGAAGUUAUUGUAAUCUUAACAAUGAAUUAGUCUUAACUUAACUCUUAACUUAUAAGCAAUAUUUGUUCCUAUGAUUCUGACUUCAGUCAUCUGAUUAUUGUGCCAGUAAAAUUCUGCAAAUUGUUUUAAUUUAAAGACACUGGACACAAUUGGUAAUUGUCAAAGACCAGUAUUCUCACUUGGUGUAUCU